CCGCGGAGCAUUUACCUGUCCUGUGCGCGGAGUUACCGGUGCGCACGGCAUUUCCGCACCGACCGCCGUCUAGCGUUACGCACACCGAUCGACCGAUGUCGUCGUCGUCGUCAUCGUCGUCUUCGUCUUCGUCAAUCGCGGUCACUCAGCCCAGCCCGCUGUCGGACGGACUGUCUUCGUUGGUGUUGUCCAAGAGGUAUCUGUCGUGCGCCAGACCGCCGCAUUUGUACAAGCUGGAACGCGAGAACAAUCUGCUGGACGGCGGCGGUGGCGGUGGCGCAGAAAUCUGCGAAGACUCCGUAAUCGCCGCCGACUGUUGGCAAUCCACCGCAUGGGUACCACCGCCGACCGCGUCCACCGCGGUGCACGCCCGCUACGAGCCCUCGGACGUGUUCACGCCGCUGGUGUUCGAAGAGAUGCAACCGCCAACGCCGCCGCCGCAAGCUCAGCCCCAGAUGUCCAUGUGGUCGCGGCCUAUGGAACGUUACAAUCAGCCGCCACCGUCGCAUCACCACGUGCAAUCUGCUUCCGGUGCGGGUAAUGCGGUGCAGCAAAGGCGCCCGUUGCAGCACCUGCCGCCGCCAGCACAAUCGUCGCUGCAGCCGCCCGCCUGCAAGACCGCGUCGGCCGCCGAACCGCAACACCAGAACGGCAACAAGCCCGGCGACUUGAGUUGGCUGGUCAACUUUCAGGUGGCGUCCAUAUUCGAACCCACCUGCAACGGUGGUACGACCGCCGGUGGAGGCGGUGCUGGUGCGGGAGUUAACGUCACGGACAGCGAAUGGCCCGAGCCAGAGACACUGAAACAGAAAAAGAAAGCUACCAAAUUAGAUCAGAAACCCUCGUCCAAAAUAAGUCGAAAACCAUAUAGAAUGCCACCUUCAAGGUUAGAUAAAGCUAAUAAACCUGGAUACACCUAUACAGAAAUGAUUCAUCAAGCCUUGAUAGAAAAAAAAGAACUACCAGUAGCAGAAAUCUAUCAAUGGAUAUCAAGUCAUUUUCCGUAUUUUCGUGAAGACGACGAACGUUGGAAGAAUUCUGUACGUCACAAUUUGUCCAUUAAUCCUAAUUUCAGAAAAGGUAGAAAAUCUCAAGGGGCUGGUCAUUAUUGGCGGCUGUGCAAUAUCGAAGAAAGUUUAGGUCAACGAGAGUAUUCUAUAGCCACCGAAGACGACACAUCAUCGCCACAAGAGUCGUCAGAAUUAGAACAAGCUUGCAAGUAUUUAGAAGGCGAGCUACAACGAGAUAGUUUGGAAGACGUAAAAAUGAUUCAGAGUAUCAACACAGAAUUAGAGAAUGAAAUAUAUACCAAUUCGUUUUUGAUUUCCAGUCCGUCAAAGUACAUAAACGAACAAAUCAGUUUAUCAAAUAAUGAUUUUCAUUCAUACAGUGAUAACCUGUUGGAGGAGCCCAUUGACUUUCAAUAUUACAAUUUAUAAAUCUUCCAGCUCAAAUUAUUUUGGUUUCAAAAAUUCCAAAUUUUUUUACAUAUAUAUUUAAGACUGACCAACAGGUGACCUUUUUAUAAAAUUAAAUUUACUACACGGUUGAUUAAUUUCAUCAAUCCAGACACUCGAAUUUGUUCAGUUUGAAGUUUAUGAAGCUUUUUUUAUGUUACCAUUAUGUAAAAACAUUUUUGAUCAUCCUGAUUCUAGUCAAUUAUUUAUUAUUUAAAAAAA